CAAACACAGCACUGCCGGCGGCCAGCACGAACUUAUGGGCCGGUAUCCUCUGGGCCUGUCUGCCCUUCCCCACGAUGAACCUGACGUCGCUCAGCAGCUCGUUGUUGAAGAGGAAGGCGAAGCGCUCCUUCAGAGAGCUCUUCGUCGCCUGCCAGUUAUACAUGGGCUCCCUGUGCAGGCCGAGGACCGAGGGGGAGGCGGGCCGGGCAGGACCGGAGGCUGGCACGUUGGAGAGCCCGGCUGCGGGUCCAGACUGAGCGGGGUUGGAUGCUGCCUCCUGACCGUCAUGGUUUGAAGCCAAGCCACCGCCGACACUCCCGCCGCUCCCGGACGCCAUAAGGACGCCCUCCUGUGUCUUUACCUGUGCGCGUGCUUAAGAACGGGGAUAGGAACACCUUGAAGUACCUGCUGUACCUUAGAGACUUAAUUUAUUUACGUGGUAUCCAUCGCUGCGGGCGCCAUCACCCUUUGAUGUUCAGCUAGCUACUUGCUAGCUUGCGUAUCUCCAGAAUUCACGCAUGCGCACAAACCUUUCAGAUCAGAAGCAACGCAAAGCUGCUCAGAGGAAAGAGAGAAGGAGACGGAAACGCCAAGCUCUCGCCCAAACCAGAGAAGGUGGGUUCAACAAUGAAACAAUCAAUGGACCUUUAGAGGAAGAGGAAAUAAAUGAAGAAGAGGAUGUUGCUGAGCAGGAAAGGCUGCGGCUUCACGAUGAGUGGUUGGGUAGAGAGAGGACUGCUCAGGAGGAAUACAGGCUGAGGUGUGAGAGGGAGGAAGCUGCACGGAAAAGAAAAGAAGAAGAAGAGCGGAUGAUAAAAGAAGAAUGGGAGGCCCAGCAGAAACGAGAAGAAGAAGAAAGAGAGCAGAAACAGCAGGAGAGGCGAGGCAGAGAGGAGGCCGUUCAGAAAAUGUUGGAUGAAGCUGAAAAUCAGUUAGAGAAUGGGGGGCCAUGGAUGAAUCCCGAGGCUCCGGUGGCAGAAAACUCAGACAACUUUGGAACAGAGCGCGAUGUGGCCAACUGUCCUUUCUUCCUGAAAACUGGAGCAUGUCGUUUUGGAGACAGGUGUUCUAGGAAGCAUGUUUAUCCAACAUCGAGUCCGACUCUGAUGAUUCGCAGCAUGUUUAAAACGUUCGGCAUGGAGGAGUCUCGGCGCGAUGAUUACGACACUGAUGCUUGGUUGGAACACAGCGAGGACGAGCUGCAGGAGUCUUUCCUCGAGUUCUACCAUGACGUCCUGCCAGAGUUAAAGAAUGUCGGCAAGGUGGUGCAAUUCAAGGUCAGCUGCAACUAUGAACCACACCUGAGGGGAAAUGUUUAUAUUCAGUUUGACACCGAGGAGCAGAGUAAAGACGCCUUGAUCAAGUUUAAUGGGAGGUGGUACGCAGGCCGGCAGCUUCAAUGUGAGAUUUGUCCUGUUACACGCUGGAAGAACGCUAUUUGCGGAUUGUUUGACAGACAAAAAUGCCCCAAAGGAAAGCACUGUAACUUCCUGCAUGUGUUUCGAAACCCUGGCAAUGAAUUCUGGGAGGCUGACAGGGACCUGCAUUUGUCUCCGGACCGCAGUGUAAGGGGGAGCCACAGAGACGGAUGGCAAUCUGAGCGAUACAGUAAUCGAUCAUGGUGGCAACAUACGGGCAGCAGAAGCCCACAGAGAUCACAGAGAUCUGAGAGAUCCCACAGCAGGCGAGACGACGACAGGCGAAGGAGCAGGAGCAGGAGCAGAGAGAGGAGGGCCUCCCUCCAGCACAGAGAGGACAAAUGGUCGUCCAGGUCCAGACACAGCGAGAGGAGGAACGAUUGGAGUCGAAACAGAAGCAGAGAGAGAACAAGGAGUAGGAGUAGAGACAAGCAGAGGCACAGGAGCAAAGACAGGGAGCACAGGAAGAGGAAAAGAAGUACUGAGAGAGACAGUAAGGACAGAGAUACAGACACUCAGAGAAAAACAAAAGAAAGAUCCAGAAGCUCCAGCCCAGAGGGGGACAGAAGGAGGCAGAGUAGAGAGAGGAGCCCCAAGAAACAAGAAAAAAAGGAAGAAACAGAUGAUCCGAUCACGAGCCGGAGCCGCCACAAAAAGUCCAAAAAAAGCAAGAAGAAGAGCAAGAAAAAAAGCAAGAAGAAGAAUCACUCGCCUGCAGGAACAGGCUCAUCUGGAGAGUCAGAGAAGGACAAAGAGACAGAGGAGACUCGCAGCGCAGUCAGUCCAAGUCAGGAGACAAACGACACGGUUCUGAAAGACCUGGAUGAAAGUUCACAUGACUGUGAGAAGAAGUUAAGUCCUGAUGUGGAGGAAACAGAAACGUGACCCAAUGAGCUCUUGAUGAGUUACAUUCGACUUUUCUCAUUAUCAUCAAAUGAAUAAAGAAACAAUCAAAUUUUGUUAAAGAAA